GAAAAGAAGAGUACUACAUCCGCCUAACUUUAUUGUUCUACUAGGAAUGUCUAUGUUCAUGAGAAAGAGGUGGAGAGGCAGCGCGUUGGUAUGAAGACGCAGAAGCGAGCCGUCUGCGUCGAGCUGAGCGCUGGGCGGGUUCUGGCGGCGAUGUGGGAACUUUAACUAGAAAUAAGAUUCCUGCAACCUGAGCGCAGUGCAAAGACCUGGCGACUCUGCUGGACUGUCGUCAGCAGCUCUCUCCUAACCACAUCCUCUUCAGCAUGCAACACGGGGAUAAAAAUGAGGUGAAUUGAUGAUGAGCACUGUCCAGUGCUAGAACUAACUGAAGAGGGAACUCUUUAGCAAAUAUGCUGUUUUGUGGCUUUUGGUUUCUACAUAGUUCAGCUUUCCACUUUAACUCUCGGGUUGAAAUUUGCCAAAGUAUCUCAGGGAAGCGGUAACCUGCAUGGUUCUUCUUCACGAAUGUAACAACUCGAAACAAUGGACAGAUGAUAUCAAUUAAACUGCACUUGGCAGCUGACUUUAUCAGAGUAACAAGCAACUGCGUAAGCAGUGUCAGACGGCAAGGAUUUUUAUUACCCUAGCCACUGGGAAUUAUGUACAGUGUCUCAGUUCUCAGAGUGACUGCCGUUUCUAUGUAGAUCUUUUUUAGGAUUUGUAAUCAUGUCUGUUACUGCAACCGAAGGCGAAAUUCCUAGAUUUUUUGUGGGUGGUGAAGAUCCAGAUGAGUUUUUGAAUCCAUCCAGGUCUGCAGAAUUUGAAGCCUUUUAUGAUCAUGAAGAUGAAGACGAUGAGUAUGAUUCUCCACCAGAAAGACAGAUCAUGGUUGGAAUAUGUUCUAUGGCAAAGAAAUCAAAAUCAAAACCAAUGAAUGAGAUCCUUGAACGCCUUUCCAUGUUUAAAUAUAUCACAGUAGUAAUAUUUGAAGAAGAUGUGAUUUUGAAUGAACCUGUGGAAAACUGGCCUUUAUGUGACUGUCUUAUUUCUUUUCAUUCUAAAGGAUUUCCAUUAGACAAAGCAGUUGCCUAUUCAAAGCUGAGGAAUCCUUUUGUUAUUAAUGACUUGAAUAUGCAAUAUCACAUACAGGACAGGAGAGAGGUUUAUGGCAUUCUCGAAGCUGAAGGUAUUUUGCUCCCUCGUUACGCAGUUCUAAUCCGUGAUCCAAACAAUCCACAAGAAUGCAAUUUGAUUGAAGGCGAAGAUCAUGUGGAGGUGAACGGAGAAGUUUUCCAAAAACCAUUUGUGGAGAAGCCCGUCAGUGCUGAGGACCACAAUGUUUAUAUUUACUAUCCAACAUCUGCUGGUGGUGGAAGUCAGAGGCUCUUUCGGAAAAUUGGUAGCAGAAGCAGUGUUUAUUCCCCUGAAAGCAGUGUGCGGAAAACUGGUUCAUAUAUCUAUGAGGAGUUCAUGCCUACAGAUGGCACUGAUGUGAAGGUAUACACAGUAGGACCAGAUUAUGCACAUGCAGAAGCUCGUAAAUCCCCUGCACUGGAUGGAAAAGUAGAGCGGGACAGUGAAGGGAAAGAAGUACGGUAUCCAGUCAUCCUUAAUGCAAGGGAGAAGCUUAUAGCUUGGAAAGUAUGCCUAGCUUUUAAGCAAACAGUUUGUGGCUUUGAUCUGUUGCGUGCAAAUGGACAAUCUUACGUCUGUGAUGUCAAUGGCUUUAGUUUUGUGAAGAAUUCUAUGAAAUAUUAUGAUGAUUGUGCUAAAAUCCUUGGAAAUAUCGUAAUGCGAGAACUUGCUCCACAGUUUCAAAUCCCAUGGUCCAUACCUUUAGAAGCAGAGGAUAUUCCUAUUGUGCCAACUACAUCUGGAACAAUGAUGGAACUUAGAUGUGUUAUUGCUGUUAUACGGCAUGGAGAUCGAACACCAAAACAAAAAAUGAAAAUGGAAGUUAAACAUCAAAAGUUUUUUGAUCUUUUUGAAAAAUGCAAUGGAUACAAGUCUGGGAAGCUAAAAUUAAAAAAGCCGAAGCAAUUACAGGAAGUACUUGACAUUGCAAGACACCUCUUAAUAGAGCUAGGACAAAAUAAUGACUCUGAGAUUGAAGAAAACAAAUCUAAACUUGAACAGCUGAAAACUGUGUUGGAGAUGUAUGGACAUUUUUCUGGCAUAAACCGCAAAGUUCAGCUGACGUACCUUCCUCAUGGUUGUCCCAAAACAUCUAGUGAAGAAGAAGAUAGCCACAAACGUGAGCCGUCUCUACUCUUAGUUCUAAAAUGGGGAGGAGAAUUAACACCUGCAGGCAGAGUUCAGGCAGAGGAACUAGGAAGAGCUUUCCGAUGCAUGUACCCAGGUGGACAAGGUGACUAUGCUGGAUUUCCAGGAUGUGGUUUACUUAGACUGCAUAGUACCUAUCGGCAUGAUCUCAAAAUUUAUGCUUCGGAUGAAGGCAGAGUUCAAAUGACUGCGGCAGCUUUUGCAAAGGGACUCCUGGCAUUGGAGGGAGAGCUUACUCCUAUACUUGUCCAGAUGGUCAAAAGUGCUAAUAUGAAUGGGCUACUCGACAGUGACAGUGACUCUCUUAGCAGCUGCCAACAUCGUGCGAAGGCACGCCUUAAUGAAAUACUCCAGAGAGACAGAGACUUUACUGAUGAAGACUAUGAAAAGCUCACACCAUCCGGCAGUGUUUCUCUGAUAAAAUCAAUGCAAGUCAUUAAAAACCCCGUUAAGACAUGUGAUAAGGUAUAUUCCUUGAUCCAGAGUUUGACAUCUCAGAUCAGAAGACGGAUGGAAGAUCCUAAGUCUGCAGAUAUUCAGCUUUACCACAGUGAAACGCUGGAGCUAAUGUUGCGUAGAUGGUCCAAGCUUGAAAAGGACUUUAAAACAAAGAAUGGAAGAUAUGACAUCAGUAAAAUUCCAGAUAUCUAUGACUGUAUUAAGUAUGAUGUCCAGCAUAAUGUCUCUUUAAAACUAGAAAACACAAUGGAACUAUAUAGACUGUCAAAGGCGUUAGCUGACAUUGUUAUACCACAGGAAUAUGGUAUUACUGCAGCUGAGAAAAUAGAAAUAGCUAAAGGGUACUGCAAUCCACUACUGAGGAAAAUCCGGUCCGAUCUUCAAAGAACUCAAGAUGAUGAUACAGUUAACAAGCUCCACCCUUUGUAUUCCAGUGGGGUUAUGUCUCCUGAACGUCAUGUCCGAACUAGGCUAUACUUCACCAGUGAGAGCCAUGUCCAUUCCUUACUAUCAACUCUUCGCUUCGGUUCUUUAUGUGAUCCAUCAAAAGACGAACAGUGGAAACGAGCUAUGGAUUAUCUGAAUGCUGUCAGUGAACUCAAUUACAUGACUCAGAUUGUGAUCAUGCUGUAUGAGGAUCCAAACAAGGAGCUUUCAUCAGAGGAGCGUUUCCAUGUGGAAUUGCACUUCAGUCCAGGAGCUAAAGGCUGUGAAGAAGAUAAAAAUUUACCGUCAGGCUUCGGAUACAGACCUGCUUCACGGGAGAAUGAUGGCUCAAGGAAAAACUCCCAGAAAAAUGAAAGUGAUGAGGAAUCACAUGCUUGUAGAAGGGAUGAAACAGAUCGAUCUGUAAUGAUCUUCAAGCCAUUGGUGUCAGAUCCAAUUCAUAUACACAGAAAGUCGCCUCUUCCAAGACCCAGGAAAAUUGGUUCAUCAGAAGAAGAGAGCCCCCUGAGUGUGUCUAGCCCAGAGUGUAUUGGUACCUGGCUGCAUUACACCAGUGGUGUGGGUACUGGGCGUCGAAGACGCAGAUCAGGGGAACAAAUCACUUCUUCCCCUGUCUCCCCUAAAUCAUUGGCUUUCACAUCCAGUAUUUUUGGCUCAUGGCAACAGGCGCAGUUUAGGAGUGUUCAUUUGGUCCCAACAGAAACCAACAGUUAUUUCCGACCACCAAGAACUAUUGUGGAGCAAAAGGCAAGUGGUAUAGGGUCUCACUGUGCGAGCCUGUUUAGCACUUCGGUGCUCGGGGGUUCUUCAAGUGCACCUAACCUACAGGAUUAUGCUCGUAUUCAUCGUAAAAAGCUGACUUCUUCUGGCUGCAUAGAUGACACCACACGUGGUUCUGCUGUUAAAAGGUUUUCUAUCUCAUUUGCUCGACACCCAACCAAUGGCUUUGAAUUGUAUUCCAUGGUGCCUUCAAUCUGCCCUCUAGAAACCCUCCAUAACUCCUUGUCAUUAAAGCAGGUGGAUGAAUUUCUUGCUUCCAUUGCUGCCACUCCUUUGUACGACAGAUUUCAAGCCGCAUCCACAUUUUCUCUGCCUUCGCCAUCAUUUCUGGAUGCAAGAAAAAACUCUUUAAAUACAUACACCCCUGCAAAAAUCCAACCAACGCCACAAGAAGACCCUUUGAGUAGGCGAGAAUGUUCCUCGACUAUGUCAAGUACCAGUGUUUUUUCGCCUCCUGUUUGAUACAUCAUAAAAUGCCAAAAAAGAGUUAAAACAAUACUUGUUUAGCACUGGUGGUUAAACUGUCUCAGAAGAAAUGAAGCGGUUCGAGCAAAACUGGAAGGUCCUGCCAAUGCCAUCUUUAGCAGUGUAUAUUUCUUUGUAGACAAAUAAGUUAGCUUUAAAAGGCUAUUCAUUUCUCUCUGUGUAAGUAUGUGUUUCCCUGUAUAUAAAAUAAUUACUGAAGUGCAUAUAUAGUAUAUAUUCAGGAAAGGUGAUUUCUUUGUUUCUAAAGUAUGAAAAGCAAAGAUGUUUACACCAUUGUUUUAAGGAAAUGGUUAUCUUUUAACAGAGAAACUGCACACGACAUUUACCAUCUUUGUUGUCCUAAAUUAACGCACAAACCAAAACAGCCUAAUAUACUGGUUUGCAUUAUAAAGGAGCAGCUAAUAGGGAGAUAGGAGAGGGGUAGAAAAAGCCACCAUUUCCUUUUUGCCCUACAGUAGAUCUUAAAGCCCGGACAUGAAAACUUAUUCAUCACCAAAGCUCAUUAAUAGGACUCUGCUUAACAGAUGCCUUUAUGAAUGUCAAUCUGUGACAGCAUCUCAGUGGUUGGUUCUUUCCCCUCUGGUAGAAAUGCAUAAUGGAGCUGGAUGAUAAAUGAAAAGCACUUAAGCCCUCAUACUUUGAAGCUACAUACACCAUUACCUGAAAAAUAAAAGGUCAGAUUACUUUGAGCCACUUAAGUGCUAAUAUAAUAAUUGUAAUAUUAGAAAGGUUCAUUGUUAGAAAGAAAGCUGUGUUAUUUUAUGAGGAAGAAACAGCUUAAACUCAUUUCACAGAGAGUUUUCAUUGGAGCCUGACUCCAGUUUUUGAAAAACAGCAGAAAACUGUAAUAUGAAGUGGCUGAACAGCUAUACCUUCUUUGGAACUUCUCAAGGCUCCAAGUAACUUAAAGGCAGAUGAAAUAGUAAACAUUAAAACAAAAAACACCUGCAACAUGAGAAACCAUUGUUUUAUAGGGAAAUAUUUUGCUUCCAAAUCUGAAGGUCCUGGCAUAUGCCCACUACCAAACUUAAGGAACUCAUUAAGUCAGGGAUAGUAUUUCAAUCUUAUACCUGAGUGCAAAAUAUUGUUUUUUGAUCCCUACCCCAGCUUAAAUGUGGCUUCUGCAAAUAUCUCUGCCUUCCAGUUGCUUUCAGCCAUAUGGAGGUACAGGUUAACAAUUCUGGUACUGCUUAGGUGAUUAAAGGUCUCUAUUGUAUUGUAUUUGUGAAUUAAGAGCUAAUUACUAGUAUGUUGCCUAAACUGACACCUGGCACACUUAGUCUUUACCUGGGAGCAUCUCUUUUUUAAAUACAUUUCCAAAGAGAGCAAUUUUUGUUUGGGUAUAGGUAUGCUGGGUGCAGAUGACAUGCCCUUUAAUUUCCUUGUUCUUUGUAUGUUUACACCAGACCCUUGACAUUCAAAUAUACUUUGGUUGUUAGUGUCUGUGCUUUAUGAGCUCCUAUCCUAAAAGUAAUUUCCUGUUUACACUUUUCUUAAAUGCUCUUCUAUUUUGUUGCAAAGAUGACUUUCUUCAAAAGAUUUCUGCAGAAUACUGCUUAAAGCAUAGUUCACGUGUGGAUAACAGGGCUUCAUCAAAGCAGAAACAGCUGGUCUGUUAAUAUUCCAUGCUGGGAACUUUCUAUAUGUGCAGAUUAUAUUGUCAAGUUUUGAAAUUAAAAGAAAUUGUAACAUUACCAAAUCUACAUAAUUACUGUUUCAGCACUGAACACUUGAACAUAAACCAAUACAGCUAAUGUUCCAAUCAUUGUCCUUCUCAUCUCUGCUGUUAGUUAAAGACAGCUGAAGAUUUUAUUAGUGCUAUGAAAAUCUUGAGAAAUCUGGGUGUUCUUUCAAAACAUAUUCAGGUUUGUCAAUUGUCCUAAGAUUUCCUUUGUGACAUGAUUAAUUGAAUGCCUUUUAUUUUCAUUAAAAAAUAUAAUGGAUUGGGUCCAGGCUUAGUCAGUUUGGACCCACUGAAAUCAAUGAGGCUUAACUAACUUGUUCUAUAUCUCUCAGUGAGUGUACUCUGUUAAUUAGUCUGAGUCCAACCCAGGGAUUAAUAUUAAUGUGAUUCUCAUCAACAGCAAUAUUUUCCUGUUAAAUACCAGGAGACCUACCUUCAAAUAUAAUUGUUGUUGUUUUCUGUGUUUUUUUUAAAAGGCUGAUUCUCAUCCUGGCAAUUGUCCAUGAGAGUGGAUUUGCUAAUUAUACUUGCCAUUGCAUUGCUGUGCAUAUUUCAUAUGAGGUCAUAUGAUAAAUUCUUAAGUAUGGUUUAAGAUACCAAAUAUAUAAUAGAUUCGUAACUUCUCAUUGCAAACAUUUCAUUAUCUAUAAUGUAAGUUUAUAAUAUGGACAAUGUUUGUCUUGCUCACCUCUGAAUGUAUAAGUUAUGUUUACUGUUUUUCUAUAAGAAAAUGUUAUAAUUUAAGUGUGCAUAUCAUUCCAGACAACCAAAGCUUUGGCAUAUUUUUGAUCUGCUCUUAAAUAAAAGAGUCAAUAGCAACAGA